AUUGAAAUGAAAGUAGGCUGACAAAAUGGCAAAUGUUUGUAAUGUCGAAUACGAAGAUGAUAUUUUUGAAGAUGAAAAUUUGAACAGUUUUAUAUCCUUUCCGGCAGAAGUGCAAUAUGCGAUUGAACAGGUGCUUCCAAGUACAGAUCCCUUGGAUAGACCAGAUUUCAAUGCUGUAGAUUACAUUAAUACUUUGUUUCCCAAUGAGCAGUCAUUAUCUAAUAUAGAUGAUGUGAUUGGUCGUAUGAAGUUAAAGAUAAGGCAAUUGGAUGAUGAAAUAAGAACUGUUAUCCGAGGGCAAACAAAUGUCGGCUGCGAUGGAAAAGAAGCUUUGGAAGAUGCACAAAAGUCUAUACAGCAGUUAUUUGCUAGAAUUAAAGACAUUAAAGAUAAAGCUGAAAAAUCAGAACAAAUGGUGAAAGAAAUUACAAGAGAUAUUAAACAGUUAGAUCAUGCUAAACGCCAUUUAACUGCAUCCAUAACAACUUUGAAUCAUCUUCAUAUUCUAGUGGAAGGUGUAGAUACAUUACAAAAUUUGUUACAUAAGAGACAAUAUGGAGAAAUAGCAAAUUUAUUACAAGGAGUAAUGAAUGUGUUAGACCAUUUUCAGAAAUAUCUCUCAAUUUCUCAAAUAGGAAAUUUAGCUGAUAAAGUACAAAAAAUUCGGUCUGAGUUAGCUCAACAGAUCACUGCAGAUUUUCACAAUGCGUUUACUGGACCUACAUCAAAGACAUUUCUUCCAAACCAACAAUUAGCGGAAGCUUGUUUGGUUGUAUCUAUAUUGGAUCCAAAAGUCAAAAGUGAUUUAUUGAAAUGGUUUGUAGAUUUGCAGUUAAUUGAAUAUACACACAUUUUCCAAGAAAAUCAAGAUGCUGCAUGGUUAGAUAAAAUUGAUCGCCGCUACAGUUGGCUUAAGAAACAUCUUAUAGAAUUUGAAGAGAAGUUUGGCUGUAUGUUUCCUCCAGAUUGGGAGUUAAGUGAAAGAAUUGCUGUGGAAUUCUGUAAUAUUACCAGAAAAGACUUGUCAAAAAUAAUGGCAUCAAGAACUCAAGAGAUUGAUGUACGUCUCCUGUUGUUUGCUAUACAAAGAACAACCAAUUUUGAAGUAUUAUUAGGAAAGAGAUUUAAUGGAGUCACAUUGGAGGGAAUGGAGAAAACAUCUUUAACAAAUAGAAAAAAAGAGAUUGUAGCUACUCCCAAUACAAAUCCCUUUGAAGAAGUUGAAAGUACUAACCCAUUUGCAGAAGACAUGGAAAAAGAAAUGACUGAGAAAAAAGAAUUAGUUGAGACAGAAUCCAAUGUUAUGAAGAUAAAAUUGAAUCCUUUUCAAGGAUACAUUUCUCGAUGUUUUGAACCACAUUUAAAUAUUUACGUGGAAUCUCAAGACAAAAAUUUGAGUCAGUUAAUGGACAGAUUUGUAGAGGAUAUGCAGAAUAUAAAUGCCACGAGACCAGAAGUUCAUGGUGCUUCAGUACUUCCAUCAUGUGCUGAUCUGUUUGUGUUUUAUAAAAAAUGUUUAGUUCAGUGCACCCAGUUAAGCACUGGAGAUCCGAUGCUAUCUUUGAUGGCAACCUUCCAGAAGUAUUUACGAGAAUAUGCAGUGAGAAUUUUACAAAAUAACUUGCCAAAGAUUGGUCCUGCUUCUUCAUUAACAUCAUCAGCUGGAAUAAUUCAAAAUUUUCAAAGUUUAUUGAAAGAAGGAGAAGUUACAAGAUUUACAUCAUCAGAGCAGUGUAGGAUUUGCAGUAUAUUGAUUACUGCAGAGUAUUGUUUAGAAACAAUACAACAGCUAGAAGACAAGUUGAAAGAGAAAGUAGAUCCUACUCUGAGUAAUCAAAUUAAUCUGAGUUCUGAACAGGAUAUAUUUCAUGGAGUCAUAGCUAAUUGUAUUCAGUUGUUAGUUCAAGAUUUAGAGGCAGCAUGUGAACCUGCUCUAACAGCUAUGAGUAAAAUUCAGUGGGCCUCGGUAGAAACUGUUGGUGAUCAAAGUAGUUAUGUUACAGCUAUAACAUCUCAUCUGAGGCAAACGUUACCGUUAUUAAGGGAUCACUUAUCAUCCUCUCGAAAAUACUUCACCCAGUUUUGUGUAAAAUUUGUUAAUUCAUUUAUUCCAAAAUUUAUAAAUCAUUUAUUUAAAUGCAAACCAAUAAGUCCAAUAGGAGCAGAACAGCUCUUAUUAGAUACUCAUAUGUUGAAAACAGUGUUGUUGGAUCUUCCUUCUCUUGGUUCUCAGAUUGUGAGGAAAGCUCCUGCCAGCUAUACUAAAAUUGUUGUUAAAGGUAUGACUAAGGCUGAGAUGAUAUUAAAGGUUGUAAUGGCUCCAUAUGAAAUAGCUCAGGGUUUUGUGGAUAAUUACAUCAAAUUGCUUCCUGAAUCAGAUUGUGCAGAAUUUCAGAAAGUGUUGGAUAUGAAAGGAUUAAAACGCAGUGAACAAAACACAAUGACAGAAAUAUUUCGUACAAGACUGCCGAUUGGCAUCGCUACGGGAUUGACGGCAGAUGCCACCGUAGGUAAUUCCAUUUCCGCUACAAAUUCCAGUCCAGAACACGAAUCCAGUAGAAUCAAAAGAUUAGAAAAAUUAAUUAAGAAGAGGCUGUAAAAAAUAUUUCUCAAAUUUAUUUAUAUUGUAAAUUAAUGAAUACACUGAAAGGCAAUGUAUGAUAUUUUGUAUUUAUAUAAUGAAUUGUGUGUAAAGAUAGCAUCCUUAUGAUAUGAUGUGCAAGGUAAGAGGAAAAGAAUAUAUAAAUAUUGAAAAUAAAUGAGCUGAAUUUAAUAUAUUUCUUAUUAUUGAAUCUUUUU